CGUAAGUGUGACGUCAAUGAGGCGGAGUUAUGGAACAGAGAGUCUCAGGGACACGUGAUGAACGGAGAGAGAAGUGAAGAAACCGGGAGAGGAAUCCCGGAGACCGGGAGCUGAGGCCGGCAGGAUGGUGAUUCUCAGGGACAGCUGUGGUCGGGGUGUCGCCCCCCGCAGGCCGCUCCGGGUCGGAUUUUAUGACAUCGAAGGGACACUCGGCAAGGGAAACUUUGCGGUGGUGAAACUGGCGCGGCACCGAGUGACCAACACCCAGGUCGCCAUUAAAAUCAUUGAUAAAACACGACUGGACCGCGCCAAUCUGGAGAAGAUUUACCGGGAGGUCCAGAUCAUGAAGCGCCUGCGCCACCCCCACAUCAUCCGCCUCUACCAGGUGAUGGAGACCAAAGACAUGAUCUAUCUGGUGACGGAGUACGCCCGGAGCGGGGAGUUAUUUGAUUACCUGACCGCGCGAGGACGCCUGUCCGAGGAAGAAGCCCGUGCCAAGUUCCUGCAGAUCCUGUGUGCCGUGGAAUACUGUCACUCCCAGAACAUCGUCCACCGCGACCUGAAGACUGAAAACCUGCUGCUGGGGGACAACAUGGAGGUCAAACUGGCCGAUUUUGGCUUUGGUAACUUCUACAUGGAAGGUCGACCCCUGAACACCUGGUGCGGGAGCCCCCCGUAUGCUGCGCCGGAGGUGUUCCAGGGAAAGGAGUAUGAGGGCCCCCUACUGGAUAUCUGGAGUUUGGGGGUCGUCCUGUAUGUUUUGCUUUGUGGGUCAUUUCCCUUUGAUGGACCAAACCUGCCGAUCCUGCGUCAGCGGGUCCUGGACGGGCGCUUCAGAAUCCCGUACUACAUGUCCCAAGACUGCGAGUCUCUGCUGCGCCGGAUGCUGGUGGUGGACCCGGGGAAGAGGCUGAGCAUUGCACAGAUCAGACAGCACCGGUGGUUCCAGGGUGUGGCCCCCCAGCAGCCGCUCCUGCACAGUGAUUUCCUGGCCCCCCAGCUCAGUGUACAAGUCCUGGCCAUCAUGCAGAAUCUGGGCAUUGACAGAGAGCGCACCCUGCAGGCUCUACAGAACGACACGUAUGAUCAUUACGCCGCCAUCUACUACCUCCUGGUGGAGCGGCUGCAGGAGUCACGGUUUGGGCAGCUCCCGGAAGCCAGAGCUUCAGACUGUGUGAAGGCUCCCCUUUCCUCUGCUGUUUCUCCUCUCCUGUGUCAGCCGCAGGCAGCAGUGGCAGAUUAUGAUUGUGAGCUCAGCGGCCCACUGCAGUCUCUGCUGUAUCUGGGGGAGCCGUCUCUUCUUGGGGCCCCAGUUUCGGCCCCUCGCCCUCCGCUGCAGGAGUCUUCGUUGCUGGAGGAGCCGCAGCUGUGUGAGCAGACCCUGAAGAGUAGAGAUCCGCGGCCGGCAGCACCAGAUAUUCUGGUUUCCUCCGCGUCUUCCCCGUGUCACAGUCUGGAGAGCUGUCUGCGGCCGUCCUGUGACCCGCGCUCGGCAGCGCCCCUCAGUGCCCAGUCAGCGACUCCUGUCCUACAGCAUCAGGAAAUCCCCUCCCCCAACUGUCUGCUGCCCGUCACCUUCCAGGAGGGGCGCCGAGCAUCCGACACCUUCCUGACACAAGGAGCCAGUGCACUUCGUCAGCUCCGGAGGUCUGUUCGAGUUCGUGGUCUCCUGUGUCUCAGUAAGCUUCGUCAUCGAGGGCUCUCUGCCCGAGUCGGGGGGCGCUCUGCGGCCAGCACUCAUGGUUCUGGAGACUCCCCAGGGUUCCUGCUGGACGUCCUGCAGCAGCAGAGGCUGCUACAGAUUUCCCUCUGCCCCCCCACCGCCCCGUCUUCUCCGCUCCCCGAGACUUCUGCAGAUUGCUACUUGGAGCCCAAGUUUCUUAAAGAAGCUCAUGUGUGGCCCAUGACUGUGGACUGUGGGUGCCCCACUGUGCAGUGAAUGAUGGGGAGUGUAGUAGGCAUCUUAGACUUUACCUCGUACCUGCUCCUGGGCGGAGGGCCUUGCAAUAUAUCACAUGCACAAAAGGGGCCGCUCUGUCGCUGGAGGGGUCCGCACAGCACUGACCUGGACCAAGCAAUAAUCACAAGCACAGAACAAACCGGCAACUUGUCUCCUCCUUAGUGUUUGUAUUUACUGUAUGUAGCAAGGGCUGGCCGCCAUGACACCGCGGUGUGCGCUGGAAUUAUGACGUGGACCGCCACAACACCGCGGUGUGAGCUGGAAGUAUAAUGUGUGGACUGCUGGCCGCCACAACACUGCGGUGUGCGCUGGAAGUAUAAUGUGUGGACUGCUGGCCGCCACAACACCGCGGUGUGCGCUGGAAGUAUAAUGUGUGGACUGCUGGCCGCCACAACACCGCGGUGUGCGCUGGAAGUAUAAUGUGUGGACUGCUGGCCGCCACAACACCGCGGUGUGCGCUGGAAGUAUAAUGUGUGGACUGCUGGCCGCCACAACACCGCGGUGUGCGCUGGAAGUAUAAUGUGUGGACUGCUGGCCGCCACAACACCGCGGUGUGCGCUGGAAGUAUAAUGUGUGGACUGCUGGCCGCCACAACACCGCGGUGUGCGCUGGAAGUAUAAUGUGUGGACUGCUGGCCGCCACAACACCGCGGUGUGCGCUGGAAGUAUAAUGUGUGGACUGCUGGCCGCCACAACACCGCGGUGUGCGCUGGAAGUAUAAUGUGUGGACUGCUGGCCGCCACAACACCGCGUUGUGCGCUGGAAGUAUAAUGUGUGGACUGCUGGCCGCCACAACACCGCGGUGUGCGCUGGAAGUAUAAUGUGUGGACUGCUGGCCACCACAACACCGCGGUGUGCGCUGGAAUUAUGACGUGGACCGCUGGCCGCCACAACACCGCGGUGUGCGCUGGAAGUAUAAUGUGUGGACUGCUGGCCGCCACGACAGCGCAAUGUGCCCUGGAAGUAUGACGUGUGGACCGCUGGCCGCCACAACAGCAUGAUGUGCGCUGGAAGUAUGACGUGGACUGCUGGCCGCCACAACAGCAUGAUGUGCGCUGGAAGUAUGACGUGGACUGCUGGCCGCCGUUGCACAGUGUUGUGCGCUGGAACUGUCUGUGGAUCUUAGAACGCUGCUAAUUCAUCAGAUGAAACUUCAUGCUCCCAAACCUCCUCAACGGCGUCACACUGUAACUUGUCCCUUUUCCCUACCCCAGAUGCCCAUGGCUGCCUCUCCUCCUUUAUCCUCUCCACUGUACCUGACCUCGUGGCUGCCUCUCCUCCUUUGUCCCCUCCCCUGUACCUGACCUUGUGGCUGCCUCUCCUCCUUUGUCCCCUCCACCGUAUCUGACCUCCGUGGCUGCCUCUCCUCCUUUGUCCCCUCCACCGUAUCUGACCUCCGUGGCUGCCUCUCCUCCUUUGUCCCCUCCACCGUAUCUGACCUCCGUGGCUGCCUCUCCUCCUUUGUCCCCUCCACCGUAUCUGACCUCCGUGGCUGCCUCUCCUCCUUUGUCCCCUCCACUGUAUCUGACCUCCGUGGCUGCCUCUCCUCCUUUGUCCCCUCCACCGUAUCUGACCUCCGUGGCUGCCUCUCCUCCUUUGUCCCCUCCACCGUAUCUGACCUCCGUGGCUGCCUCUCCUCCUUUGUCCCCUCCACCGUAUCUGACCUCCGUGGCUGCCUCUCCUCCUUUUGUCCCCUCCACUGUAUCUGACCUCCGUGGCUGCCUCUCCUCCUUUUGUCCCCUCCACUGUAUCUGACCUCCGUGGCUGCCUCUCCUCCUUUGUCCCCUCCACCGUAUCUGACCUCCGUGGCUGCCUCUCCUCCUUUGUUCCCUCCACUGUAUCUGACCUCCGUGGCUGCCUCUCCUCCUUUGUCCCCUCCACCGUAUCUGACCUCCGUGGCUGCCUAUCCUCCUUUGUCCCCUCCACUGUAUCUGACCUCCGUGGCGGCCUCUCCUCCUUUUGUCCCCUCCACCGUAUCUGACCUCCGUGGCUGCCUCUCCUCCUCUGAGGGGUUAUGUGUUGAGUAUUUUCCUGCGUGGUUGCAGGACUGAAGGACACUAACGGGUCAAAGACUCAUUUCUACUGAGAAAAGAAACUAAAUAAAUUAUUUUUCAUACA